AGAAGAGAGAGCGCUAGGGGCGGACGCCGGCGCAGAAAUACGCACGUAAGGAAAACGUCUGGCGGUGUACCGCGCGCUCUUCCUAAGAGGGAAAACCCGACCCCUAUAGCGCCGCGGCGCGCACCGGCCGUAGAAAAGGACGGCGCGCGGCGGCCGGCACACGCUACCGACAGGGACGGCGAUAUGUCCGCGACUCCAAGACAUCUUGGCCGCGUAUCUCCUCAGUCGCGCCGCGACGCCGACACAAGACGCCGCCACCGCCGCCGCCGUCGCUCUUACCACCGCCGCCGCCGCCGCCGCCGACGCGAGUGCACACACACACACACACACAUACACACGCGCGCGCUCAGUUCGCCGCGCUCGUACAGCCGACGUUUUUCCGGCCCGGCGUCUUGAGACGUCGCUCAGUCUCAAGACUACUCCGGCGUCGCGAACACCUUAGGUGCCCGACUACCGACACAGGCGUACGCGCACGCACAUACAUCUCAGCGACACUCGGCGAUACCGCAAGUGUCGCGAACGCAGCCCGCAAUAUUUCUCAAUAUUUUACGCACGAUUCGAAAGAAAAAAAUUACGUUUUCUAUUUUUGCAAUCGCGUAGUCGUACAAAUCGAGUGAAUUGCUUCCGGACGGAUUUUACGCGCGUCAUGUGCAACUACUACUGCAGUCACUACUACGGCUACCACUACCGCUGCCACUACUGCGUCUGACCAUCAUCGUUUGGACACGCGAGCGAACAGAGAGUACGAAUAUAUCAUCGAAUUGUUUUACAUCAGUCAAGACGAUCUCUUCGGUCCCGCUGGAUCUUCGCGCCUCGCCCGGCCACGAACACCUGCAGGGCGACGACGACGACGAAAUGUCGGCGGACAUACAGCAACAACAGCAGUCCGUGUUGUUGCAAAGGCCGGUGUUCAAGAUGAACCCGGCUGCGGAUUUCUGGCAGCAACAACGGCAACAGUACCAGCAGCAGCAACAACUCCAGCAGCAACAACAGCAACAGCAGCAACAGCAGCAGCAGCAGCAACAGCAACAGCAACAGCAACAGCAGCAGCAGCAGCAGCAGCAGCAACAGCAGCAGCAGCAGGCGGUUGACGCUUCGCCGUCGCCGCAACCUCAGGCGGCGCCACCGCCGCCCACGCUGCAAGUCAACCAUGACCAGCAGCAAGUGCCGUCGUCUCUCGUCGUUGUCGGACAACAACAACAGCAGCAGACGCCGAACAACGUACAGGUGACUGCCGACGAGGCGAUCGCCAUGGUCGCUCAACAAGUCGCACAACACCAACAACGACAGCAACAACAACAGACGCAGAACGCCGAGAUGACCGACGACACAGACGUAAUCGUCGGACAACCGUCGCCGGCGGCAAUCCGCGCGGCCGUCCAGCAACAGCAGCAGCAGGACUCGACGUCAGCCGUCGGACUGGCCGGACAACCGGCGGUCCCCGGCGACCCGUCCGUAUCGGUCGUCAUCAACCAGAACAAUUCGCUCGUACUGAGCGACCCGAAAAUGAUGACCGAAAAAUUGGUCAGCGAACUACAGAACCGAUCGAUAUCAGACCGCACUCUUGAAGAAUGCUGGUCCACUCUUCAGCGAGUCAGCUGGAACGUCUUUCGUUCAAUAUUCAUGCAAAAGUCGGCGGCCAUGCAGAUGCAAGCUCGCGACUUCGGCCGACCCGGCAGCAUCGGUGGUAGUUCGCUUAGUGGCAGCGGCCUAGAAGUGAGCAAACCACAUCAGUGCCAACAGUGUCUCAAGUCGUUCAGCUCCAACCAUCAACUGGUCCAGCACAUUCGCGUCCAUACCGGUGAGAAGCCGUACAAGUGUUCCUACUGCGAGCGCCGGUUCAAACAACUUAGCCAUGUCCAACAGCAUACCAGACUGCACACAGGAGAACGACCUUACAGAUGCCAUUUGGCCGAGUGCGGACGAGCUUUCAUACAGCUGUCCAACCUGCAGCAACAUCUCCGCAACCACGACGCCCAAGUGGAGAGGGCCAAAAACCGGCCGUUCCACUGCACCAUCUGUGGCAAAGGUUUCGCCACCGAGUCCAGUCUGCGCACCCACACGGCUAAGGAACAUUUUUUUUAUUUUCAGGAAGCUGAACUUCGCAUGGAUGUGCUCCAACAACACGCCGCCUUGAUGGGCGGUGCGAGCACUACGUCUUGUCCGCUCUGCCAUAAAUUGUUCCUAGGUAGCGAGUCACUGGUCGAACACAUGAAAGUCCACCACAAUGAUCCGACCACUGUGUCGCAAGCCGUCGUACAAAGUUACUCUGAUAUCGGUACUGGUCCGUACAUGGCCAAACGCCGAACGGCCAAUCAUCCAUGCCCGGUGUGUGGUAAACACUACGUGAACGAGGGAAGUCUGCGUAAACAUUUAGCUUGCCACCCGGAAACAGCACAGUACGCCCAACUCAGGAUGUGGCCGUGUUCUGUUUGCCAAGCCGUAUUCACCCACGAAUCAGGCCUGUUGACACACAUGGAACACAUGCGCAUGGAUCCCAAACAUCAGUUCGCUGCGCAGUACGUGCUGAGCAGAGCUGCUGCUGAGCGCAGAGAACGGGAGAACUUCCUGGCCGCCGUGACGGCCACCAACAGCAUGGGUGGCCCCGCCUCGCCUCAUUCUGUUCACUCGGAUUCGUCUUCGUCGAACAACGGCGAAAUGGAUGGUCCCAGUGGAGCUGGUUCCACGGGUUCGGUGGGCACUGGCACCAAUAACUCCGUGGUCGCCGCGGUGGCCGCGGCCGCAGCGGCGGCUGCGGCAGGCGGUAACGUCGUCGUUCCUACGGGUGGCCGGCUAUCUGUCUCACCAGCCGACAAUCAAAUCCCGUUGGUGUUGCAUCACAACAACAACAACACGACGACAAAUAACAACAAUAACAACAACAACAAUCCUACGGCGAUCAAGUUGGCCGAGUUGAUGGCAGCAAGGACUGGAGGCAUGAUUAGUGGUAACGGUGGUCACCAAUACAUGAACCAGCAACCCCAAUACAACGCCAACGACCUACAGCGGGCUGCUGCACUGUUCAUGAGCCAACAGCAGGCCCACGCAGCCGUUUCGCAGGUUCAACAGCAACAGCAGCAGCAGCAACAGCAGCAACAACAACAGCAGCAACAGCAACAACAGCAGCAACAACAGCAGCAGCAACAGCAACAGCAGCAGCUUCAGCAGAACCCACCGUCACCGUCACACUCGCCGCGAUCCGCACCUCCAACCCCGGCGUCUGUAGUGCAAGCGGCCGCGGCCAAUCUCGCCGCGGCGGCCAUGCGCAUCACCCAGUCGAAUGCUAUGCACCAAAACCCGUUGGUCACGACUUCCAGUGGUUCGGGCUCGAACUCGUCAGUAAACUCGAUGCAAUCGGCCGUCCAGAUGGCCAUGAACGCGGCCGUCCGGGCUUCCAUGUCGUCCAUGGUGGACGGCCUCGGCGGCGGACACCACCAACAGUCCGGACAUCAGUCCAUGCUCCACCACCACCAACAGUCCAACCACGAACAGAGUUCGCCAACGUUGCGCAUGCAGGAAGCCAUACUCAGGUCUCAGGCGGAGGCGGCGCUCAGGUUGGCCGUCUCGCAAGCCGUGGCCGCGUCGUCCGGCCAACAGCAGGCGCCCGAACUGCAGAACCGGCAGUCGUCGGUGCAACAGCAGAACGCGCAUCAGCCGCAACAAAACGUGGCGAUCAACUACAACGCCAUGGCGCAGGGGCAGCUAAUGAACGGACAGAACCCUUACCACCACCAGGGGCAAGUCUCGCCCGACCUGUCGGAGGCGCUCAGGCUCCAGGAACAGCGGCUCGAACAGGCGCUCAGGCUACACGGCGGUGACCCACGGGCUCUGGGCUUCACUUUCGGUAACACCCAACAAGGUCACAUUAACCCAUGAGAGUUCAGUUACUAUUGACGACGAGAGGACCUAAAAACCCACCUCCCUCGCCUAGUCCACCAAACCCACCCUCCGCCAUCGCCACUGGCCACUGGCCACUAUAUUACGUUAUUAUUAUGCUAUUAUACUGUUGUCUCAUCCACAAACACCGUCACCACUACCACAUCCAUCUCCCAAAGCUCAACGGCGGACCUGCUGCAGCGCGCGCACAUGAUUAUUUAUUAUUAUUGUAUUUACGAUAUUUAUUUAUUAUUAUAACCAUACUAUUAUUAUAUUAAUUACUAGGCGUAUUACUUUACUCAAUAUUAUUAUUAUUAUUAUUAUAAUUAUUAUCAUAAGAAUAAUAAUUUUAUUUUUACCAAAACAAUAAUAACUGUCCCACUGAAAGACACGUCGUCGUCGUCGACUGUGUCACGUGUGCCUACUUCGACGACGACUUGUGUGAACUUUGUAAAUAAUUGUACAUACUAAUUAAAACUAUGUAAUUGCGAUUUUAAAGAUUAACUGAUUUUUAAAAAACGUCGUUUAGCAAAUUUUUAUUGUACAGUCAUGUAUAAUAUUUGUGGUUUUUUACGUGAGUUGUGUAAAAACAAAAUACAUUUAAAUCGAUAAAUCCAAUUUAUACGGAUCGCUCUACGAGAGAUCCGAAUAACGUAUAAUAUAAAGCAACAUUUAGGUUCCGAAAAUAUUAUUAUUUACUUGUAAACAUUCAAAUAAUUUUUACUGUUAAUUUAUAUUUAUUUUAGUUUUAAUUUUCAUCCAAGGGGAUUUUGCAAUUUUAUUCGGUUUAAAUAGUUUUUUUUUUUUUUAGUUAAAAUUAACUCAUUACUCACUUAGUUUACUUCAUUUUAUACGAUUAUUAUCAUGUACUAUAAUUUCUUCGAUGAGGAACUUCUCACGAAAUAACACAUGACUCCCAGAUGUGUCGUAGGUAGAUCACGUAUAUGCAAAUUACCCCAUCAAAAGCAUCUUGUACGAAAGAAUAUUUUCGGAGACUUAAGCUUAAGAAAUAAACACCGUGUAAUAAUAAUAAUUAGCAUGUAAAUAAAAUGAAAAACAUACUCUCACAAAUACACUGCAUUUUCCUCCCUUGACAUUGAAUUUCUUAUGACAACACGACAGAGCGCGCAAUCUUGUACAUAAUAAUAUGAUAGUGAUAACAGUAUAAAACAGACGUUUUAUUUUAUUUGUUUACUUGUAAAUACAAUGAAAGCAA